CCCAGAGUCGACCACUCGCGAAUCGAGUACGGCGACUUCAACCGCGACUUUUACGUCGAGGCUCCCGAGAUAUCCUCGAUGGCACCCGACGCCGUGGAGGCCACGAGGCGCCGGUUGGACCUGCACGUCCUCGGCGUGGACCCGCCGAACCCGGUUGGAAGGUUCGGGCAGUGCGGCGGGUUGAGCGCGGAGACUUUGAAAAUCUUGAAACGUAUGGGGUACGCCUCGCCGACGCCCAUCCAGUCGCAGGCGAUUCCCGCGCUGCUCCAGGGCCGUGACGUGGUCGGGAUCGCCAAGACGGGCAGCGGAAAGACCGCCGCGUUCUUGCUGCCCGCGCUGGUCCACGCGAUGGACCAGCCGGAGCUCAGUAAAGGAGACGGCCCAAUCGUCUUGGUGCUCGCGCCGACGCGGGAGCUCGGGUCGCAGAUUUUGGCCGAGUGCAAAAAGCUCGCGAGGGCGCACGAGGGCUUGCGAUGCGUCGGGGUGCUGGGCGGCGGGAGCAAGACUGAGAACUUUCGGGAGCUCCGCGCCGGGGCGGAGGUGGUGGUGGGCACGCCGGGCCGCGUCGUCGACGUGUGCGGGGGCGGAAACAAGGCGGCUACGAACCUGGCGCGGGUCACCUACCUCGCCCUCGACGAGGCGGACCGCAUGCUUGACAUGGGAUUCGAGGCGCAGGUGCGGUCCCUGUGCGACGGCGUGCGGCCCGAUCGGCAGACGGCGCUGUUCUCGGCGACGAUGCCCGCGAGGGUGCGAGCGCUGUGCGACGACGUCCUCGGCUUGAUCGAUUCUCGGGCGAACGACGGCGCGGUCGGUCCGCUGACGAUAACCGUGGGGCGACCGGGCGGCGCCAACUCCGACGUCGCGCAGUUCGCGGAGGUUCUCGCCGACGGGUCCGACGACGCCAGGCUGACGUGGCUCGUGGCGCGUAUAAGGGAGUUCGUGGACGAGGGCGAGGUUCUCGUGUUUUGCGCUCGAAAGACGCAGGUUGACGCGUGCGUCGCCGCGCUUCGCGACACAGCUGGCGCGCGCGUCGGCGGAAUGCACGGCGACAUGCACCAGUCGGACCGCGCCGCAGCGCUCAGGGCGUUUCGAAAGGGCGAGACCCACGUCCUGGUCGCCACGGACGUCGCCGCGAGGGGGCUGGACGUGCCCUCGGUGCGAACGGUGGUUUCGUUGCACCCGCCGAGGGAUAUCGAAUCGCACGUGCACCGAAUCGGGCGGACGGGACGCGCGGGUAACAAAGACGGGCGAGCGUUCACGCUGGUGGCGAGGACCGACGGUAACGCGCGGUUUUUGUCGGACCUGGUGCUCAACAUGCAGCGCGCGGGGCAGAGGGUGCCGCCGCAGCUUCACGCGAUCGCCAGAGGCGGAGGAGGAGGGCGACGGCGGGGGUGGGGAAAGGCGGGGCGAGGGAAAGGACGCGGGGCGGGGGGCGUGGGAAUCGGAUUCGACGGCGGCGGGGGAUAC